UUGUUUUUAAAAGAACCUAAAAAAAAGGAGAAGGCGGCUCUCUUGGUUUGCUGGAGCCAUUCUUUCUUCUAUCUUUUUUUUUUUUUUCUCGCUCCAAUUUUUUGGCCCAAAAAAGAUUUCCGAUUGUAAGUCAGAAUAACAGUACGGAAAAUUAAUUUCUAUAUUUCAUGGUGUUCUUGAAAUAAUUAUUGUGUAUAAUAAUUUUCAGCAAAAAAAUUGGAAUUUUGGAUAUUGGGUUUCGAGCUUCUGGAGUCGAAUCUCAAUUAUUUUUUUGUUAAUUGGGAACUCCCAGAGUCUGUAACUUAUUGAUAUGCAUGUUGGCAGUUGAGAAUUGAGAUACCAAUGAGAGUCAGUUGAUCUGUUCAUUUGGAACUGUAAAAUCGGUUCUUUGGGGAUAGUUGAUGAACUUAAUACCUUUGGAGCUGGUUUUAUUGAUUUAUGGAUGGAGAUGAAUAUGCGUUCUGCUUUACCAAUGCAGACAUCAAGUGGAAAUUGUUACAAUGAACUGAAAGUUCCUGGAUCAUACACUUCUCCUCUACCAGUCCUGGCUAAUCCUUUAGAAGAUUUUCCAAAAUCACCUGAUCCGUUCUUUGUGUCAUCAUCAAGGGAAAUGAUUGCAAGCCCCUUACAGAUGCAGGCUGACCCGGUAGUUUCUCAUAUUGGAUCUUCCAGUAGUGCUUCUCCAUUUGUAGGCGGAUUCCCUGCUGAUCUGCACUUCCCUUCAUUCGCACCUAGUGAAAGGCUACCUCAGAAUUCGCCUUUCAUUUCUCAGUCAGUUGGUGGUGGAGCGAAUUAUCCUUCAAGUCACGGUACUGCAUCUGAUUUUCAGUCGACUGGCUUCAUCAACUAUCAGAAAGAUGAUGACAACAAUUCUUGGAAUAGUAGUCAUCUCCAGGAUCUACUUGAUCUUCCUGAAGGUGUUUCCAUUGUAAAUGGUCAAGUGGGAAAUAGUACAGAAGUAAUGUCGAGUGAGAACCAUCUAAAAAGAAUUGGUUGGCGAGAAAUGGAUCUUUAUGCUGACUCCAUUGAGCCAAACUGGAAUGAGCUUUUGGCUGAUUCAAACACAUUAGACCAGCAACCAAAGGUGCCGCAGUCCUCCACAGAUACAGUAGUGCCUCAGCCACAAACUCAGCAGCAACAUCCAUUGCCUUCUAGAGAAGCGUCUGUUCCUGCUAAUCCAACAUCUAGUACACAAAAUAAGGCUCGUAUGCGCUGGACACCAGAACUUCAUGAAUCCUUUGUUGAUGCUGUGAAUCAGCUUGGUGGUAGCGAAAGAGCUACUCCAAAAGGUGUCCUCAAGCUCAUGAAUGUUGAAGGCUUAACUAUUUACCAUGUGAAAAGCCACCUGCAGAAAUAUAGGACUGCAAGGGUCAGACCAGAAUCACCAGAAAGAGAUUUAGAGAAGAAAAGUGGUUCCACUGAGCAGGUGUCAUCUGUAGACUUGAAAACGAGCGUUACAAUUACUGAGGCAUUGCGAAUGCAAAUGGAAGUUCAGAAGCAGCUCCAUGAACAACUUGAGAUACAACGGAAACUGCAGUUGCAAAUCGAAGAACAGGGGAAGUACCUUUUACAAAUGCUUGAGAAUCAGAAUAAGGCGGAGAAGGAAAAAUCGAAAUCCCCUCCUAAAGACAAAUCAGAGGCUUCCGCCAGUGAAGCUGGCGGUUCAGAUUCUCCUCCAUUGAAGCGUUCUAGGACAGAUGAUUCAGUGCAUUAGUAUGAUUUAUCUUCGGGCUCUUGCCCUUUUUAGAUUGACCAUUGUUAAGGGGCUGUAAGUUGUCCCCAUGAUGUUAGGAUGAAUUGUACUCUUUUCUCUCUAUCUCUUAACUAUAGCAAGUAGAUCUGGAUUUCUGCUACAGAAUUGUCUUCUUUUGUAGGUUCCCUCUAUGAAGGGAGAUUGUCGAGUUGGAUAAAAACUGAUAAAUGGUGAUCAAGUUGUAUAAUUUAGUUCAAUUACUGUAUAUUACUGAUUCCGAUUCAGGUUGUCUGAUUGAA